AUGUCAUUUGCUUCAAUUGCAUAUUACACAUCCUUAGACUAUACAUUUCCAAUUCAUGAUAGAACCGUUGAGGUUGUACCCAAUGUACCAAAGGAUGUUCUUCUUGGUCAAACUUUAAGACUUCCAAGAUUUAACAAUGUAGAGCCACCAUUAAAAUCUAAUACACCCAUUUCAAGAUCUUUCCAUAAUGAUGAAGUUUAUAGGAAAGAUCCUUUAGCUGAUUUAUUAUAUGAGAGUAGACAAAAAAUCAAUAAUUACUUAUUAUCCACAACUCAAACUAAAGUUGCAACACCUAUCAAAAUCAAUAAAAGAGAACCAAAGAAUAUCAUUAAUGAUCAAACAGCUAGAAAAACCACCCCAAUUACUAACAAAACCAUAUUCUUUUCACCUUCUGGAAAGGGAAAAAGAUCCUCAACCCCAAUAUCUAAAGAUUUACAAACUUUAUUGAGAAGAAAGAGUUCCAAGAACUUGAAACAAAAAUUAUUGAAAAUGGAUCAAGCUUCAUUAGUUACUAUUCCUAAGCCAAUUCCUGAACCAAAAAAUUAUAAUUUGGAUUAUGAUGAAUCAGAUUAUGACCAUCUCGCUUGCCAUGCUGAUAAUAUUAUGAGAAUGGCAGUUGAUUCCACCAUGUUAGGAUCGACUUUCAAUUCCAGCUUUUCAUCAAGUUUCUCUAAUUCUUUCAGUCAAGACAUGCAAGGUAGAGAUUUCUUCGAUAAAGAAGCUAAGAGAACAAUUCUUGAAGGUUUGAAUUUUUAA